ACUGAAGUAAUAUCUUAUCUUAUUAUUUUCAAUAACUUUGAAGUGUUUUUAAUUCGAUCAUUUCCUUUGAUAAAGAACUUAAUGCCUCCCUUUUAUUAAUCUUUCUAGAGUUCUGCUGAUGUGUUGAGUGAGGGGAGGGGGUGUGUAAUACAGUUUUUGGUGUGUCAGGAGUGUGACUGGGCGUGAGUGUCACAUGUCGCCACAGACACAGCAGUUUGGCACCUCCGCUUCACCCGACACAGACACACACACACUCACACACACACAGAGAGAGAGAGCAGCGACUAACCAUCUCAGAGGACUGACGGCAAUGGCGACCGGUGACAAUCAGGCAACUCUGGAGUUACUGUGCAGUCAGGCCACAGACCCAAACAAUAAAGAGGAGCGAUGGGGCUGCAUCCAGAGCUUCUAUGAGCUCGUCAACAAGGAGACUGAUGGCCCACAGGUAGCCAUCCGUCUUCUCGCUCAUAAAAUACAGUCACCACAGGAGAACGAGUCUCUGCAAGCUCUCACUCUCCUGGAGGCUUGUAUGAAUAACUGCGGGAAGAAGUUCCACAGUGAGGCUGCCAAGUUUCGAUUUCUCAAUGAGCUCAUCAAAGUCUUGACACCAAAGUACUUUGGUGCGUGGACCCCACAGAAGGUGAAAGACAGAGUGACGGAGGUCCUCUAUGGCUGGACUCUUUGGCUUAAAGAUGAACCAAAGAUUCAGGAAGCCUACUCCAUGCUCAAGAAACAAGGUAUUGUGAAGAAAGACCCCAAACUGCCAGGGAAACUUAUCAUGGCGCCUCCUCCACAGAGAACCACAGAGUCUGUUUUUGACCAGGAGGACAAGGCCACGCUUUUGGCCAGAUUACUGAAGAGUACCCGCCCUGAAGACCUGGAAACUGCCAACAGACUCAUUAAAAGCACAAUGAAGGAGGAGCAGGAGAAAGUAGAGAAAACGUCAAAGCGUGAAUCAACUCUGAAGGAGGUGACAAGCAGCGCCGAACAGCUCAGAGAGAUGCUGCACCAGCACACGAUCACUGGGAGCUCAUUACAGCAGAGCGAUGACACAAAGGCUCUGUAUGAGCGCUGUGAUCGACUGAGGCCCAGCCUGUUCCGCCUCGCCAGUGACACCACAGACGAUGACGCAGCUCUUGCAGAGAUCCUGAAGGCCAACGACGAGCUUACGCUUGUAGUAAAUACCUACAAAGAACAAGUGGGGAAGAAAGAGUGUAAUGGAAGCGGAAGAGAAAGAAGUCGAAGUGAGGAGGAAGCAGAGGGUAAAAAUAAUGCUCCAAAGAGUCCCAGAGAGAUAAAAAGCUACCACCUCAUCGACCUGUCGGCUCUGGACUCUCCGAAGACUCACAGAAAAGCUGAUUCCCCUCCGUCUUUCGAAUCCUCUUCACCAAUAUUCUCCUCCAUUUUGGAAAGUGUCUUCACCUCAUCAGCUGACCAGGACUUCAAUGGAUCAGGGUUAGAUAAUCAGGUGUCAAAACGGCCUCAAGAGACUUCAAGAUCGUACUUUGAAGAACUGAUGCAGCUUGAUGGAGACUUUCAUGUGAAGAAUUUGGAGAAGAAUGGAGGAGAGGGCGUGGUGUUGAGAGCUCGUGGAUGUGGAGGGAGCAGUACAACAACGAAUGGGACAAACAUCUGGUCACCUUCUAACAAUCAUCAGUUUCCAGGCUCUGAAUCGCUCUCCAAUGGGGAGGAAAAAUUCCACCAGGUGUUGGGAUCCUCUGUGAAACAAGAGGAGAGGUCCUGUCCUCCACACAUCUUGAAAAACCUCUUUGUCCCAGUGGAGACCAUCAAGCCCAGUCAUCUUGAGUCCAUCACUUUAUACAAUCAGAGUGGGAUCCAUGUUUCCCUUCAUUUUGCCAAAGACUCUCCUCCGGGUCAUCCAGAUGUUGCUGUGUUUGUCAUUUCUACAGUGAACACAUCUUCCCUCGCUGUGAAAGACUUCAUGUUUCAAGCUGCUGUCCAAAAGAACAUGUCAGUAAAACUUCAGCCUGCCUCAGGUACAGAUCUUCCUCCUUACAACCCUCUCCAGCCUCCUCCUUCCCUCUCCCAGGUCCUCUUAAUGGCAAAUCCUCAGAGGCGAAAGCUGCGUCUACGCUACAAGUUGACUCUGACACAAGGAGCCCAGCAGCUGAGCGAGACCGGAGAGAUUGACAACUUUCCUGACUGGACGUCUUUGACUGGCUAGUAAAAGUUUUGAGGACAUGGGUUGAAAAAUAAUGAACAAUACUCUGGAGCUGAACCUUAAAAAAAAAGAAGCAGAGAGAUGGAAAACUUGCCCUGAAAGCUGGUUGGAAGCGUGACUGUGCUGCAGUGGAUUCUCACAAAGUGACAAAGAACCAAGCCAAGAAAUGUAGAGUCGGCUCUUUUUUUCAGAUUUUGCAGUUAUGGUGAAACAUCUUUGAAGUGUUAUAGUUCUCUUAAAAAACUUCAUUUGUAGGUUCGGCACACACCUGAUGCACUUGAUCAAGAGGUCAUAACUCUGCUGUUGUUUAACGUCCUUGUUUUGCUGUUGCUUCCUCUGGAACGUUGGAGAGCCAAGUUCUUUUCUUAUACACUGUGUACGUACGCCGACAUGUUGCUGCUUUGACACCUGCAUGUGGAAGUGAGUAUUUAUUUCCUUUUUGUGCAUUGGUGACAUUCAGGACUCCAAAAGUGCCUCAAGAUUUAAAAAAUGUUUUUAAGUGUAUUUAUUUUAAGAACGAAGACGCCUUAAGGAAUGUAUGUGUGCAUGUGAGAAGGCUUCAAAGGUUUGGAUUUGCCGCAUGUGAAUGCAAGUUUUUUUCUUAGUUGCUCAUCCUCUGCUGUCUGACAAUCCAAAUGCUGUACUGCUCUACUAAAUGUCAUAAACAAAUAUAAGCACAAUCUGUAACACCAGAAACUCAAAUUUCCUGGUCUCCAAUUCAAAAAAUGAAUAAAGUUUUCAUAAUAUUCA